UGGGGUAUAUAAGGAGAAGCAGAAGACUCCUGCACGGGGCAGCAGCAGACCGACUCCAACCAACAACAGCUUUUCACUACAACUUCAGCUGAGGUGUGUCCGUGUCCGCUCUACAUUUUGAGCUCUUUCCAUAUACGAAGGUUGACUGUUUCUGUCUGACAUCACCCACCCUGAGCAAUCACUACCAUGUCUGAUGAAGCUACCACCGCGACUCCUUCUCCUGCUCCUCCCGCUCCCACUGGACCUCCUCCCAAAGUGACAAACCGCGGCCGCUCCGCAGCUCCCGCUGCCAGCGCCAACUCUGAGACAAGCGAUAUCCCCGAGUAUGAGUACUUUAUUCAACCAGGCCCCAGAGGAUAUCCUCCUCUGACAGAAUAUCUGGACAUCUGGGAUGUGGACAUGAUGAAAAGGCCCGAUGAAAGCAACAAGAUAGCUCAUCACACCGUGCUGUACCACUCCGACUAUCUAAUCGUGCGCAGAGGACAAGAGUUCCAGGUCAAGAUCAUCUUCAAUCGUGCCUACAAACCUGCUGAAGAUAAGUUUGCUUUGGAGUUCGUCAUCGGCUCCAGCCCUCAGUUCAGCAAGGGCACCUACGUCCCUGUCUUCCCCACAAGGGAGCGUCAGACCACUUGGGAAGGCCGCAUCACAAACACCUCUGACAACGUGGUCACCAUGGCCAUCACCCCAGCAGCAAACUGCAUUGUGGGGAAGUACCAGAUGUAUGUUGCCGUGGUGACACCUUAUGGCAUCCGCAGGACCAGGAAGGAAAGCAGCAGGGACAUGUACAUCCUCUUCAAUCCCUGGGCGGCAGAGGAUGCUGUGUUCCUGGAUGAUGAGACGGAGAGGCAGGAGUGUGUGAUGACCGAGAUGGGGAUCAUCUAUCACGGCGCCUAUGAUGACAUUGCUGAGAGGGACUGGAACUAUGGACAGUUCAACUAUGGAAUCCUGGAUGCCUGUCUGUACAUCAUGGACCGGGCUGAGAUGCCCAUCACCAACAGAGGAGACCCCAUCAAGGUUGUCAGAGUAGCCUCUGCCAUGCUCAACUCUCGGGAUGAUGAAGGCGUUUUGGUGGGGAACUGGAGUGGUGACUACACCUACGGAGUGGCACCCACUUCCUGGACAGGCAGCACGGACAUCCUGCUCACCUACAACAGCAGCAAGAUGCCUGUCUGCUACGCUCAGUGCUGGGUGUACGCUGCAGUUUUCAACACCUUCUUACGCUGUCUGGGCAUCCCGUCCCGGGUCGUCACCAACUACUACUCAGCUCAUGACAACGACGGAAACCUGAAGACUGACAUAAUCCUGGAUGAAAACGGCAGGAUCGAUCGAAACAAAACCAGGGACUCUAUCUGGAACUAUCACUGCUGGAACGAGUGCUACAUGUCCAGACCUGACCUCCCACCUGGCUUUGGGGGCUGGCAGGUUGUGGAUGCAACACCACAGGAGACCAGUGAUGGCAUGUACAGAUGUGGACCUGCAUCAGUCCAGGCCAUCAAGCACGGACAGAUUUGCUUCCCAUUUGACGCUGCGUUCGUGUUUGCUGAGAUUAACAGUGAUGUGGUGUUUCAUUCCCGGAGGAAAGAUGGGACCAUGGAGCCAGUCAGAGUGAACCGAACUCACGUAGGCCGCCUGGUUCUGACCAAAUCUCCGGGAGAUGUGACUCGCCGCGACAUCACGGAUCAAUACAAAUUCGCUGAAGGCAGCACAGAGGAGCGGACAGUCCUGGAAAAAGCAGAAGAGUACGGCUGCAAACGAGAGAAGUCCAGCCCUCCCGCGGCUGAUGUGGACGUGGUCCUGCCCAACCUGGAGAUCAGCGUGGGUGACAACUUUGAGCUGAAUGUGGAGUUCAUAAACAAGAGCGAUGAGCGCCGCACUGUGGACGCCUACAUCAGUGGGAGUGUGGUGUAUUAUACUGGAGUCGCCAGCACCGAGUUCCUGUUCCUGACCCCCAGGGUGGCGAUUGACCCGAAAACAAAUAAGAAGGAGGUGGCGAGUGUGGAGUCGAAGAACUACAUGAAGCGUCUGGUGGAACAAGCUAAUCUCCACUUCAUUGUUACGGGGAAGAUCAGAGAGACCGGUCAAAUCAUCACCGCAAUGAAAGUCGUCACCCUGCACAACCCCAAACUCAUCGUAGAGGUGUCUGGUAAAGGCAAAGUGAGUGAAGAGAUGAUAGCAAAUGUGGAGUUCACAAACCCCUUCAGCUUCAACCUGGAGAACGUCUACAUUCGCAUGGAAGGACCUGGGAUGAUGGAGCCAAAGUCCAGGUAUUACAGGCUGAUCACAGGAGGCUCUUCUCUUACCUGGACUGAGUAUUUCACUCCGCAGAGGGCCGGGACAAGCAGGGUGAUCGCCACUCUGGACUGUCCUGCUCUCCGGCAGGUCCACGGCCAGGCGUCUGUCACCAUCAGCCCCUGAGAAUCCGUGAACAUGAAGCUAAAUAAACGGAUAUUCAUUUAUCCGUUCAUUCUUCAGUUAUUCUUUUACCACAUAGAGGCCUAUAUCGUCGUUAUCCAACUCCAGUUUUUCAGCUCUAUAGCUUUAGCAUUGGUGAUAUGUUUUUUCAAAUGCUGCAGAUAGUAGUAAAAUUAAUAGUUAGUAGCUAGAUGGCUUAUAUUUUAAACAUAGAUUCAGUUUUGUAGUAAAUGAAAACACAAGGAAGGUUGACUUGCUUUUUUUGAUAUAUGGGAAAGCUAUCUUUUUGACCCUUUGACAAAGUGAAUAAUUUUUAGCUCUAAAAUUAGUAUUAUUAAUUUUUGAUAAUUGUUUGGCCACUAGGGGGGAGAAUUACUCCAAAGGAAACAUAUCGAGCCACAGACAAGAAAGAUUAUCAUCCAUUGGAGCUAUUAUCUCAUCACUCAUGUGUUUAACGCUCAUUUUACCACAGUUAACAUUUUAAACUACUAUACCAGAUGGUUUGCUAUGUUCAGCACUUACUUGAUUAUGAACUGAGUAAGUUUUCAUAUGUGUUUGCUUAAUUUGAUCACAAUUUAAUUAAAUAUCACAGUUUCUUUUUAAAUGUUGAUCACCCACCACCUCUAAUUUUUCCUUUUUCAAGAAUGGACCACACAGUCAUACAGUAAAUCUUUAUUAGGGUUAUGUGCCAUGUUCUCAGAUUAAUUAGGUGUGAUUCAAAGUGCUUUACACUUGGCAAAGUGAAGAUGUAAGGUGCAAAUUUUUGCCAAAUAAAAAAUAAAAAACGGCAUGAUUGUGUAACAUGUUUCCAGUGUUUAUGUACAUAUAUCUAACUUUUCUACUUCAGUAGCAGGUCAAUAAUUAAGCAUAAAAUCAGACAUAAUUCAAUACUUAAGAAAUAAACUCGUAAUUUCAUUAAAUAUAAUUGUUUGUAGUGUGAAAUGUGCAUAUAUAAGUUUUAUAUUUUUCUUUUUGGAUUUUUCAGACAC